UGUGGGAAUGGUCGGUCCACGAACUGGGGGUUGGACCGCUCCGAGCGAAACAGAGCAAACGAGUUUUAAAUGUCCGCCAUGUUGUCCAUGGCGCACUGAACCAACGGUAGGGAGCGGAGCGUCGGAAAAAAACAGUCCGAGAGAGAGCGACCAAGAUCCGGGCCUUCCCCCGGCUCCGUUGGCGACGCCCUAAAUACAAGCUACAACCAUUCGAACGUUAGAAUAGAGACUAACCGCACAGAAACAUCCAUGAAAGCUCCACUCGGUACCGUUGUGAAUAUUAGGAGAUCGGAUAGAUUUAUAUUGCACCUCGAAUUGUGAAAAAUGAGUAAAUUGUCGUUUCGGGCACGGGCGCUGGACGCUUCCAAGCCACUACCCGUCUUCCGUUGUGAGGAUUUACCCGACCUACACGAAUAUGCAUCAAUUAACCGGGCAGUGCCGCAGAUGCCGACGGGGAUGGAGAAAGAAGAGGAAUCGGAACACCAUCUCCAGCGGGCCAUCUCGGCACAGCAGGUCUAUGGCGAGAAGCGGGACAAUAUGGUCAUCCCAGUACCGGAGGCGGAGAGCAACAUCACCUACUAUGACUCCCUCUACCCCGGAGACUACAAGAUGCCAAAGCAGCUAAUUCACAUACAGCCUUUCAGCUUGGACACAGAGCAGCCAGAUUACGACCUGGACUCAGAUGAUGAGGCCUUUGUCAACAAGCUGAAAAAGAAGAUGGAGAUCAGCUACCUGCAGUUUGAGGAGAUGAUUGACCGGCUGGAGAAAGGCAGUGGACAACAGCCUGUGAGUCUUCCUGAGGCCAAACUGCUGCUGAAGGAGGAUGAUGAGCUCAUCAAGGAGGUCUUUGACUACUGGAGUCGCAAGAGGAAAAACAGCAAAGCCAACUGUCUCAUCCCCAACGUAAAGCAGGAGAAACGGGAUGGCUCCAGCACCAGUGACCCCUAUGUGGCCUUCCGGCGACGCACUGAGAAGAUGCAAACGAGGAAGAACCGUAAAAACGAUGAGGCCUCCUACGAGAAGAUGCUGAAGCUUCGCAGGGACCUCAGCCGAGCCGUCACCAUCCUGGAAAUGAUCAAAAGGAGGGAGAAGAGCAAGAGAGAGCUGCUGCACCUCACGCUGGAGAUUUUUGAGAAGAGAAAUGUCAUGUCAGACUUUGGCGGUGAGGUUAUGGCAGAAGUUCUGGCUGAGCGGGCACUGGUGAGGCCACAGAUCAUCCCCCUGGUCCCACUCACCAACCAGUACAGACAUCAGGACCACAUGGACCUCAAGGAUUACAAGUCUAAGCCUGAGAAGACAGAAGUUCCCCGGCAGAAGAGGAAGUAUGAGAAAAAGCAGAAGGCGCUGCCUCCAUCAUCAGGCACGCCCCACCAUACAGGUCCUGUCGUCUUCAACGCCAAGGACCUAAACCAGUAUGACUUCCCCAGCUCGGAUGAUGAACCCUUCUCCCAGCUGCACUCAGGCUCUUCGGAAGCAGAGGAGGAGAACGACCCAGACGGUGCCUAUGCCUUUCGCAGGAAGGCCGGCUGCCAGUACUAUGCUGCUCGUCAGGAUCGGGUGGGUAGUUGGCCGUGGUGUGGACCGUGGGAGGGCGGUUUGUCAGAAGCUCGCUUUCGCUACAGUCUCACCACACUCACCAUGCCACGGCGAUGCCUGGGCAUGGCUCGACGGCGCAUAGGACGAGGCGGGAGGGUGUUGCUGGACAGAGCACACACAGACUUUGACAACAUUUUCCACAGACUGGAUCCAGACAUGCUCAACCUGCCUCUUCCUCGGUCUCCUCCUACUCCUCCUCCCCCUACUCCUACAACUACUUCACGCUCACCGGCCACCGACAAAUUAGCCAGUACCUCAGAAACAAAUACCUCGGAAAGAAGUUCAUCCUUCAACUCCUCUCUUUCCCCUUCCUCCCCCACUUCCACGGACCUCAGUCAGAUACUGUUGAAUAUAAAGUCGUGCCGAUGGAGGCACUUUAGACCACGGACACUACCACUACAUGAGCUGGACAAUGCCCACCCUCUAUUUAGGAGGCUGAGCCGAAGCCUGAGGCGCCCACUCUUGGCCUCUGCUCCUGGGAGGCAACCUUUUGGCUCUCAGCGUCCAGGGAGGGUUGUCCCUGCACCCGCACCCAUUGCUGCUUUCACAGCUGAACAGUACCAGCAGCAUCAGGAGCAGCUGGCCCUGAUGCACAAACAGCAGCUGGAGCAAGUCCAGCAACAGCAUGCCAACAGCACCGCCACUGCCAACAGCACCCAGUCCCUGGCAAAUACGUUGGACCAGGUCAGUGCUCAGUUUGCCGCCUCGGCCCUCGUCACCGCCGACCAACUGCUGGCUCUGAAAACCAAGGAGGAGCUAGGACUGGGAGGCGGAGUCAACGGUGUUCUCUCCCCCUCAGGUGUCUACAAGGGCUUGCACCUUUUGAGCACAGCGUCCCCAUCCCCUGCCGCCCCGGCUCCUCCCACUGCUACCACAACACCUGCCUCGCUCCACCCCUGCACCACCAGCUCCACCUCCACCAACAACAACAACGGCACCACUCACCCUGCCAACACAGCUACCACUAACACCACCGCCACUCAGGUCCUGCUGGGAAACAACAACAGCAGCCUCCGUCUGAGUGUUCCCGCCACCAAACGCAUCCCUGCCCCCCGGACGCUGAGCACCACCAUGUCUACAUCCGCCUUAAAGUUUGCCCACGCAGCAGCCGCCGCUGCCAACUGUCAGAAACCUAAGGUCACUACAGCCUCAGCCUCACCGCUGGACAUAGUGCCCAGGGAGAAUCAUGAACAAGACAAGCCAGCACUGAACAGUCUAUCAGAGAACACAGUGGCCAUGGAGGUUACGUAGCCUCUCGUACACAGCUCGGAGGAAGCGUGACUCCUUUUUGUUUUUUUGUUUUGUUUUUGUUUUUUUAGGUGCUAUGCAUCAUUCGAUAGUCGUGAAUGCAAGUGGUGGGGGACUGAGCAUGCAAGGCUGGGUUUCCAUGGCAACUGUUUUGGGACUUAAUUGCAAUGCUCGUCUCAUACAAUUUUUUUUUUUUUUUUUUUUCCUCCCUUCUCUCCCCCCAUAUUUUUUUUUCUCCCCCAUUUGUUACUGUUAAUAGGAGAUCUCUGUAAAUUCUUAAUAUGGCAAUUAUAUGUACAGUACUGCAUAUUUGUAAUACCCCUCUCCCCACCCCCUGUUCUUGUAUAUAACAUUACUUGAAUACAGAAUUGUUCAUUUGUGAUGUUUUGCACUCAAUAUAAAAAAAAAAAAAAAAAAAAAAAAAUCAAAAUUAAAAAGAGAAAACGACAAACUGCAACUGGUGCGAGUAUGGGGUGUGAAAGUUAUACCACAGAAAAAUGUAUGUCAUCACGUGCAUGGUGCAGAACCUGCUGUUUGAUCUAUUUAUUGUGCCGUGUUUACAGAGGUUUUUUUUUUCUCCCCCCUCCCCCCCCAAUUCAUCAUUUUUAUUUUUAUACACUGUAUCCCUCACCGGUUCCCGUGCUGUAGUCAGUGUUUAGCUAGAUUUAAACAAAAGAGAAAAAAAAGUCCCCACUUUUUUUGUUGUUCUUUUUUGGAUGUUGUGAACAUGGUUGGGGGGGGGGGGUCACCCGUUUUUGUUGGCUGUUCUUCCGCGAUGUUCCCAUGUGUCUGUUUAAAUCCACGCAGACGUGCGUUCAUUAAAGAUUGAGGCGCAGGGCAGUAGAUGUGAGUUCGGCCCUUUUCAGAUGCGAUGUGAAGCGUUUGGCUCGGUCUCUUAAAUUGACGGCACCGUUUAAAGUUCACUUUUAACGUUUCUUACACCUUCACUCAGACAUAUCGGGGGCAGUGACAGGUGGCGAGCUGCUGUGAUAUCUGCAAAAGACUUCUUACGUUUCUGGCCGUGAGCAUUGUGAGGUGCAACCACACUUUUGAAUGUUUAUUUGACCAACAUCUGAGAGCGGGUGCUGUUGACCGAGCUGUACCGCUGCCGCCUGCGCACACAGGCUCAGAGCUUUUCUGGAUCGGGAAUAGCCAGGAUGUGUCAUAGGUAAAUGUUUUAAUCUCAUUACAAAUCUAAAACUGAAUUUAGAAAUAAAAUGUCAUUGCUGUUUAACGCAGCGCACAGAAACGCACAGGAAUCAUGCGCAGAUGAAAUCUAGUGCGGGCUUAUCCGUUAAUGUGACUCCAAGCAAUCCGAUGCGCUAACGUGAGCGGUGCGCUCAUUGAGACGCGAAGCCGCCACGUUCGGGUGCCGUCAGAUUAAUGGAAAUGUCUGAAAGGGGCUUUUGUUUGUAGGCAUCAGUUUGUCAGUGGGUAAAUCUGUCUCCACAGAGCUCUUCCAUACAUAUAUUAUUCCUGAGACAAGUAACAAAACAAUGGGGAUAAAGACUUUCCUAGAAGACAUUGCUGCUUCUGACUUAUCUAAGCACUAUUUAUUAUAAUUUUAUUUUCUUUUUGGUUUUAUUUUUUUUUAUUUUUUUGAUUGAUGCUGCUUUUGUAUAAUUUUUGGCCUCUGGUUUCAACCAGAUGACCUUAUUUACUUUUAGUUUUCUCUAAAGGAUAAUCCCCACCCCUCAAUUUUCUUUUUUUAAACACAUAUUUUUGUAUCUUUUUUUUUUUUUUUGGUAAUUUUUCCACGAAAGACUUCAUUCUUUUGUUACUUGCUGUUCUGAAAAAAGAAAAAAACUAUAAGGGAGUUAAAAAAAAAAAUGCAGUAACUGACAUUUAUCAUUCCAGCUUCUGUAUAAUAAGGAACAUGUAUCAAUUGAGAGGAAAAAAAAAGAUAUAAAACCAUUUUCUCUACUUUUAAAAACUCCAGAAGGCUGAAAGGCCAUGAACCACAAGUUAUCGGGUGCCUUCAUUUGGGAAAAAAGGAAAAAAAAAAACUUAAAAAAAAAAAAACUCUCUUCUGUGAAGAGGUUGGUACUGAACAAGGCUACUUGUAGUUUUUCUUUGUCUGUACCACAAUCCCAAUGCCCAUUCCAGUGGCCCAGUUGAUUCAUGAGUUUGUUUCCUUUUUGUUUUUGUAAACCCUUCCACCGCACACAUACACACAUGGGAAAGACUUAAGAAUCCUCUUGAAUUGUCACAAAAUGAAAUAAAAAUCCAGGGCAUUAUGUGUUUUGA